AUAAUCUUGUAGUCAAUCAAGUAAAACCAGGUAAAAUCGAUAGGGUCAUUAGAUUUAACAUAUUAUAUUUCUUAUUAUUUCCCAAAAUACCAUAAUAAAACUUACAUAUAAUUAUUCAGAAAUGAAUUAUCUUUCAAAUGGUAUAAUUCUUAAUAAAAUCUGAAAAAAAUAAAGAUGAUCGAUAAUUAGUUAAAAAUCAAUUAUUGGUAAUUAUCGAUCAAUCUUCACACCUCGGCGCGGGUCAAUAGACAAGGACAAUGGUUUAUGACAGUGUGUGUUUUCACAUCCAAUUGCGACAGGCUAAUAAUUCAUGAAUAUUCAUGAAGUGAUAUUAUCCAAUCACAGAAAAGAAAGGGCUACGUAAUGGCGUUUGUUUGAGAAAAAUCGGCCGGAAGCUAUUUGUUCAAAAAAUCGUCAAAGUUCACCUAUUCUUACAGAAAAACUACAAGGUUGUGCAAUAUAUAUAUUGACAUCCUAAUGAUGACUUAAACAUCAACUUGAAAUGGCAGGACAGUACCCUGGCCCAUUUUGUGAGGAAGCUGGACUUCUGUCAGCAAAUCUUAUCCACAAUGUGAUAGAACCAAAACCUGAAGGAACCCUCAAACAUGGCCAUAUUAUUGAGCUGAAGAAAUUUGCUGAUGCAUCAAAACUCCCUCUAACCAAUCUCAUUACCUGGCUAAAUCAAAUUGACAAAAAGACAUGUGAAAUUAAACAAGCCACGCUGUCUGUCCGCAUCAAACGUGUUAUUGAAACAAACAAAAAGUUGCUACACAAAAAGAAAGUAGCUGGAUUCAAGACUUCGAACGAGUACCAGAAUUCUCCGUUCAUUCCUUUGACUGUCUGGCUGUCAGGAAACACGACAACCAAAGUUAACAAUAAUGAGACUUGUGUUGAAAAAAGUAAAACAGAAAGUGAAAUGUCUGAUCCAAAGAAAGUUACUUCAAAACAAGAUGAUUAUUCAGAAUUAGAGAAAUGUGUAAGCAAAGAACCCUUAGUUGAGGAAUUAAAAACAAAGAACAUGUUACAGUACCAAAUCAGUAAACAGCAAAAAAUGCUUAGUAAAAUGAAAUCACUUGUAAGUUCUGAACGCGAACAGCUUGGGCAGUUGAAGUCGACAAAAGGACAUUUUUCUGUCCGAAACGUAACAAAACGAGAUGCCCUUGCUGCUAAGAAUAGAAAACUACUCCGAGAAGCACAGGCUACUAUUGCAAAACAGAAGAAACUGAUAGAAGACAUUGAAGCACGAAACUUAAAACUUUCUCAAGAGGAUGAAAGACUGAAACAUGAGUUAUUGAACAGUUGUUGUAAUGAAAGUAACAGUUAUGAACAAUCAGACACUCACUCCUUGAACACCAGAUGAAAAAGAAAAUGCUUGAGAAUGAAAUGUAUGUGGAAAAUUUGUUGACUGAAAAUGAAAGCUUGAGAAAAAAGGUCAGUCGGCAGUUGUCCGAUAAAAAUAAUGCCAAAAGGUCUGUAAGGUAUUUUAAAAAAAAUGUCAAUACACUUCGCAGUGAAAUAAAAACAAGAAAUCAAAUUAAAACCCUGACACAGACUGUCGCAGAGAAACAGAAAGAAAUUGAUCAGCUGCAGAUUGAAAAUGAGU